GGGGAGAGAGGGGAAAAGAAGAGGGGAUCACAAUAAGCCGACUGCACGAUAGGGAAGAGAGGACAGGAGGAGUUUAGACUUCUUGGUGAAAACAAACUCGGCUGAAAACAUCUGGAGCACAGCGCAAGCUGAACCUGGACACACGUCUUGCAGCUCCAGAGCCCCUUCUCAGACUUCCUGCUUCCAGUAACGUCCCUACAGUUUAGUUUAUAACUCAUCAAAACGCCAGGAUAAUGCACAGAAUGGACAGAUAACUCUCAUCAUUUAAGUGACUCGAGUAAUAAGUUAAAGAGAGAUCCUUUUUACUUACGCCAAGUUUAUCUCGCUAGCGCCAGAUCUUCGCGCAUGGGAAAUUUUCACACGCAGAUAAUGUGUUGACAAAAAGCAAAGAGAAGACUGUGCGAACCGUGUAAAGGGACAUCUGCCCGAUUUUUGUUUCUUUUUUGGGAGUAGAAUCAAGUAAUGGCACCAGAGAUGAAGUCGUGUGUCCGUCUUCUGCUGUUGGCGGUGGUGUGGGAGGCGAGCGCGCAAGGAGCCACGGAGCGACAAGUAAAUCCAGAGUCAUGGCUACAACAGUAUGGUUACCUGCCCCCGGGGGACUUGAGGACUCAUGCCCUUCGUUCCCCUCAUUCCGUCACCUCAGCCAUUGCGGCCAUGCAGAGGUUCUACGGCCUCACCGUCACCGGCACCAUUGACGAGAACACCGUCCAGGCCAUGAAGCGGGCGCGCUGUGGCGUGCCAGAUAAGUUUGGUGCUGAGCUGAAGAGCAACCUGAGGAGGAAGCGCUACGCCACCCAGGGUCUGAAGUGGUCCAAGCAAGACAUCACUUUCUCUAUACAGAACUACACCCCGAAGGUGGGUGAGUACGAGACCCAUCAGGCCAUCAGGAAGGCCUUCAAGGUGUGGGAGAGUGUCACCCCGCUUCGUUUCCGCGAAAUCCCCUACAGCUACAUAAGGGACAAGGUGGAGGAGUUCGCCGACAUCAUGCUCUUCUUCGCGGAGGGCUUCCACGGUGACAGUAGCCCGUUCGACGGCGAAGGGGGAUUCCUGGCGCAUGCCUACUUCCCUGGCAACGGCAUCGGUGGGGAUACCCACUUUGAUGCAGCUGAGCCGUGGACGAUCGGAAACCAGGAUCUCUUAGGUAAUGACAUUUUCCUUGUUGCGGUCCAUGAGCUGGGCCAUGCUCUGGGUCUCGAGCACUCCAGCGACCCCUCAGCAAUCAUGGCUCCCUUCUAUCAAUGGAUGGACACCGAGAACUUCCAACUCCCUGAUGACGACCGCAAAGGCAUACAGCAACUCUAUGGAUCAGGAUCAGGAUCCAACAUUCCUACACAGCAACCACCUUACAACGACCCCGAACCCCCAGAGUCUCCAGACAAACCUCGCUUUGGCCCCAACAUUUGUGAUGGACACUUUGACACCAUCGGCAUCUUCAGAGGAGAAAUGUUCGUGUUCAAGGAUAAAUGGUUCUGGAGAGUGCGUAACAACCGCGUGUUGGAUGGAUACCCCAUGCCAAUUGGUCACUUUUGGAGGGGGAUGCCCACUCACAUUAAUGCUGCUUUUGAAAGGGAAGAUGGCAAAUUUGCAUUCUUUAAAGGAGACAGGUAUUGGGUGUUCACUGAGUCUAUUUUGGAAUCUGGUUACCCUAAGAACCUUAAAGAAAUGGGCACUGGUCUUCCCAAAGAUCGUCUCGAUGCUGCUCUCUUCUACACCCCCACUGGACAGACCUAUUUCUUCAGAGGAAACCAGUAUUACCGUUUCAAUGAAGAAGCUCGAGCAGUUGAUGAUGGCUAUCCAAAGUCUGUCAGUGUGUGGCAGGGCGUGCCUGACAACGUCAAGGCAGCCUUCAUGAGCAAAGACCAAGCAUACACCUACUUCUACAAAGCCAACAAGUACUGGAAGUUCAACAACCAGAUGAUGCGCGUGGAGCCCGGAUACCCAAAAUCAGCCCUUCGUGACUGGAUGGGCUGCCCCAACGAAGACCCCAAGACAGACGGAGGAAGGGGCGGAGGCGGACAUGACAAGGACAAGGAGAGGGAAAAAGACAAGGAGAGGGAAAAGGACAAGGGGCGGGAGGAUGAGGACAGAACUAGAGAUAGAGAUAGAGAGAGGGAGCGGGAGAGGGAGAGGGAAAGAGAAAGAGAAAGAGAAAGGGAGAGAGAGAGGGAGAGGGAGACAGAGGUGGACGUGGAGGAGGAUAUUGAUGUGACCAUCAUUAAGACGAGUUCUGGCAGCGGGGCAGCAGCGGUGGUCGUGCCGCUGUUCCUGUUAGUGUGUGUGAUCGCGACGUUGGCAGCCUUGGUGUUUUUCCGUCGGUACGGUACCCCACGCCGACUCCUCUACUGCCAGCGCUCUCUACUGGACAAGGUGUAGAUGCAGUAUGAAGGGAGGGGAGACAAGGGAGAGAGAGAGAGAGAAAGGGAGAGAAAUUGAAAGAAAUGUCCAACACAGCUGACGGAGCAGGAGAGAUAAAAACAGGAGAAAGAGCAGAAGGAAAAAAAAAUAUUCUUACCACUGACGCAUUCCUUUUACUCUAUCUCUCAACCACUCAAUCCUUCCAUUUUUGUUCUUUUUCUCUCCAUCCGGCUUCUUCUUCUUCUUCUUCUUCUGUGGUUACUGACGCCAGCUCAUUGCUGUUUGUUUUAGCCUUUUUCAAUGUCUUAUUUUUAGUUUUUGCCAGUGGUCAGUGUUUGUGUCCUUGUGAAUUUCCACUUCAAACUCGCAUCUUGGUGACGUCCAUUCCAGCAUGUUUCUCUGCAUAAGCAGACAGAGUGUUUGAUCGUCAGCCGCCACCCCAACCCCCCCUCCCCAUGUUCCCACUUAAUACUUAACUUGCACACACAUAAACCCAAACACUCGGAAGCCACAGCGACGUAGUCAUUGUGUUUUCCUAAAUCUUCCAGUAAUCGACAUGUCCGAGCCAGCGGUGACCAUAAAAAGAAAACAGAACAUUACGUUACAUCCUUAUGAAGCAUGAGAUAUAAAGAUGUGUCAGAAUAAGCAUUAAAUACAACUGUCUUUUGCUCUUUUUUUUAUAUCAGUGUCUUUAGUGUUGAUUAUUAUUAUUAUAAAUGAUGUUGUCAUUACUAUUAUGGCUAUUACUAUUAUUGUUGUUGUCCUCCUUGUAAAGAAUGUUUUUUUUGUACAUUGUCAUUAAAAGGUCCUGCUGGACAGUGACAUACAGUUUUGAAAGUGGCCUUAAUUUUAUAUAUAUGUGGGGACAGUGAAUGGGAAACGGGGUUAUGUAUUCUUGAAACUUGAUUGUUUUUUUUAUACCUUGAAUCACUCUCAAAUGAAAAUAAAUUCAAGAUCUGAAAAUGACUCCUUUUUGUCAUUGUACUUACUUUUGUACAGCUUUCCAAUCAUGGUGCUACAUUACUAGUCAGGGGUCCGGAGCGAAUUCACAACAAUGAUAAUAAUACUAGCGAUGAUGAUGAUAAUGAUGACCAUCUAGUUUUCUCAAUGAGACUGUGUGUGUGUACUGACUUAUAUAUUUCAAGCUUUUCUUACAAAAUAAAGUAAUUUCAAAAGGC